CCCUUGUUUAAGUGUUUAACGGAAUAACGGGUUCUUCCGAAGAGGAACGCCUCGGAGCUCAGCUCACAUGACUAUGUCGUUUGUUCCGAUAUCCCCCAAUAAACGACUCAAAACCCAAGGCCAGGAGGACUCCGAUCAUGACCUCCACCCGCCACCUUCCUUCGAGGAUAACCAACCUGAUUCUUGUGGAAUUUGCUACGCCGACCAUGGCACUUCAAUCAGAGGUCAAAUUGAUUGUUGCAAUCACUUUUUUUGCUUCGUCUGCAUCAUGGAAUGGUCCAAGCACGAGUCUCGAUGCCCCCUCUGUCGACAAAGAUUCUCCACCGUUCGCCGCCCACCUAAGCCCGGCGUCUUCCCUUCCUCGCGCCUCGUUAAAGUCCCUAUUCGCGACCAGGUUUACCAUGUUCAUGGAAAUAUCACAACAGGUCCCGCGGAUCCUUAUGCCGAAACUCGGUGUAGUGUCUGUAAUGGUAGGGAAGAUGAAAGUUUUCUUCUCCUAUGUGAUCUAUGUGAUACUGCUUCUCAUACAUACUGUGUUGGCCUUGGACAUGUUGUGCCUGAAGGUGAUUGGUUUUGCCAUGAUUGUAUUGUUUCCAAGGCGAUUAAUGGCGAUAAUGAUGUAGAUCAUCAAUGUGAUACGCCGACAGCUGAGCCAAGUGUAAAAAUCCUUGAUAUUGUGAAAGAACCAAUCAGCCAGAUGGUCCGAAGACCAAGAUCAUCGCCUCUUGUUACCCCUUUAUCUGAUAGGGUGAAUAGAAAGAAAGAUAGAAAUCCUGACACAAGUGCUCGGACAUUGGACCAAUGUCGCAAUGUGCAACGUAAUAUAAGAGCUUUGCGUGAAAAUUGGAAUGCUUUGAGAAAUGGCUCAUUAAGGUUUCCUUUCAAUUCAACUGAAUUUAGUGCUAGGCAUGAUCGAAAACAGGGCUCUGAUUCCUUAGCUCAUAGAAAAUCAGAUGAACCACAUUCUUCGGCUUCCACAAGCCUUCAUCAAUCUACAAUUCAAAGCAUACCUUCUAGUAGCAAAUCGAAUGAGAGAGGCUUGAAAGAUGUUGAAAAGGCUUGGAAAAUGCUGGAUAGAGCAAAGAUGAUGGAAAAGACUAAACAAAAAAGCAGCAUUCUUCCACAGGGAUUGGAUCGUCUUUCAAGAGAUGUAGGACAUGGAAAAGCACAGAGCAUUUAUUGCAAUGACCAAGAAUUGAAGAUUCAACAAUCUAGAAGAUCCUCAGGGAAGGAGAAGCAAUACGGCUUUUCUAGUUUUAGUAAGGAUAUGGAUAAUCACCAGCCUCUAGAGUUGGGACAUCAAAAGCAUAGGGUUGCAUAUAAGGAGUCUUCACCGAAUAUUUGGGACCAAGCUUCUCAUUUAGAAGGAUGCUAUGAACCUUCAUUGCCCAGAAAAGUGCAAAGUAGCAUUCAAGGUGCUCCCCCUCAUGAAAAUGGGAAGAGAAAUUUCACCAAGGAACAAAGAAGGUCUUCUUGUUUAGUAACUUCGGCAGGUUCUGCUCCUUGUGAUGGCAAGAGUGGUAGAGUGUCUUCCUCAAGCAGGGAGGCGGGUAAAAGAAAGUGGUUGUCUAAAAGUUUCAGGGAUACAAACACAAGAGAUAGUGAAGAUUCUAAGAACGAGAUCAAGUCUCUUGUCAAGCUCAAUCUGAAGGUCCUUAGUAAAGAUAAACCGUUAGGUGUUGAUGUAUUCAAGGAAAUUGCUAGGCAGUCAACACACGCUAUAUUGGCUGUAUGUCGAUCGGAGCAUGAAAAGCCGAGCACAAGCUCCUCAAACUCUGUAUGCAGUCACGAGGGCGAGAAUCAGCAUUUUCCCAAGUCCACCUUGAUGCCCAAUUGUUGCCGACAAUGUUUUUACACGUUUGUGAAGAAUGUGGUCAACUCCACUAUGAUGGAGAAGCUGGGUGGUGGUGGGUAGGCAUCUGAUGGUAAGGCUUGUUGUCUGCCAUUUGCCAAUCUCCUCACAGCUCUAGGAGAAAUUUAUUUUCCUGUAAAUUUUAUCGGGGCGUAACUAUUGAUAAAUUGAUAUUUUGGGAUCUAACUAUCAUUUUCCCUUGUGUAUAUGCAACGGUCCUGAUUUAAUAUUAUGUAAUUUAACGUGUCUCACGAGACUGAAUCUUAA